AGCGGUUGGUUUAGAAGAAACCUGCGCCAUUUCUGCUCUGCCAGUUUUUUUCCUUUCUACUCUGCCUUGCUAUCUUUCUAACCAAUAUCCAGCAGCAUAGCACCACUCUUGUACAGAUACUAUUAUUACUAUUCUCACUUGGCAUCUCGCAGACACUGCCUUACGUAAACAGCACGCGAUUGCCAACCCUCGCACGAAACUAACCCGACUGCGCUACGCUGUUUUUCGGUGGCUGGCAUUUACCCACAUCAUAAUGUACAUUCCUUCAGAGCCAUCGCACAGGCUGCUGGUACUCCGCGCAUCUGGCUCGGGGGGUGACUCGCAGUCGGCGUGGAACUACGUCGCGGGUCUACCACCGGCGGGCCGAGCGGCAGCGUGCGCGCGCAGAGCGGCACCGCAACAAGCUGACCGAGGCCGAUCUCGAGGUGCUCCCGCUCUACACCCUAACGGAGGACUCUAUCCGGGACAUCCUGCGGCCGCACGCCCACCGCAAGGAGCUCAAGGGCGCGGCCGAUGCUCCAGGACCCAGUUCGAAAUCACAGAGCCCGAAGCCGCGCAUUUGCCGGAACCAAAAGCGGACGGGAUUGCCGGCGCAUCAGGCCGACGCCGAAUUGGACGAUAGCUCGCGGUAUGCGCCGACCGAGACCGACGCCAGCUGCGUGAUAUGCCUUGAGGAGUACGUGCCUGGCAAUUCGGUUCGUGUG